ACGCGGUUUCGUAUUCGGAUGCCGGCCGGUUACUAUAAACGUUUGUUGCCGGCGUGCUCGUCACUAGUACGAACGUGGUCGGCGUCGUCGUAGCCUGAACGCGAGAAGCGACACCCGCAAAAGUUUUACAAGUGUCGUGAAUGUGAAUAAAUACACACCGCCAGUUAAAUCAGAUUAUAUUAUUUUAUCAACAAAAAAAAUUAAACUGUUUUGUAAACCAAAGCUUAAAUAUUAAAAUUAUUCACAAAAAUUUGUUAAAAUUAUUCACGUACAUCUAUUUAUCAAGUGGACACACGAACAAAUUGCUUCAAACUGAGUCUGUGAUUGUCGUCGUCAGGAUGAAGUGCGGAAACUCAAACGAAUUGAUCCAUAAGGACGUUGUGAUUAUUGGAAACGGACCAAGUGGUAUUGCUCUCUCUUAUAUGUUAUCUGGCAAUAUACCUUAUGUGACAUCAACGACACAUCCAGAUGAAUUGCUCUCGAUUCGACUGGAGCCGGUGUUGAAUCAAAGUUUGGUUGAUGUGAAUUUACCAUUUCUAUCACAAGGACUGGAAGGAAGAACCACCAAUCCAGUGUCACUUUUGUUGGACAGUCUGGUGCAUCCAUGUGCGGACAUCGGCUUAGAAUUGGAUUCUUUGGUGGAGUGGCGCAAGGACGGUCAAAAGAUUGACCAUGUGGUCCUGGGGAAAGGUCCGCCAGGUGGUUCCUGGCAUUCCAUGGAUCCAGAUAUUUUGACUCUCUCAUUGGGUUCUUGGAUGUCUUUGCCAGGAAUGAAAUACCAAUCUAGAAAUAGUUCCGAAAAGCGGGCGCCAGCAAAAAGCAUUGCGGACUAUUAUGCGCGAUACGUAGAAGAAAUGGGUCUCUCUCAAAACUUCAGGAACAAAGUGUUGGUUACGAAAAUAGAACCAUACAUAGUGGACGAGAGCGAUUGUAAAGGCAAAUGGGUAGAGAAGGUAAACAACGACAUUUGUCAAAAAAUGCGAUUGUGUUCUCGGCCCGAGCGAAAGGAUCUUGCCCGCAGCAAGUCGUACUCGUUGUCAAAUGCCUUCAAUUACAUUCUGAACCGUGGUCAGGAUAGGUGUCCAAAGCGUUCGUGGGAGCAGAACGAGGGACGUGAUAUGGAUACUGCCGACGAUCAGCGAGACAUUGAUGCCCAGUACACGGUGCGAAAGAAACGCGACAAGGACAGAUCAAUCAGUUUGUCGUCGGCGUGUGAGCUAACAUGUGAUAAAUGCAAUCUGAAUAAUGGACAUACACCGUCGGUGCCUGCACAUAGAAUAAAAUACAACUGCUGUGAUUCGUCGAGUCGGAGUCCCAGGUGGAUCGUCGAGGCGAUUGAUUUGGACACAAAGGCUUGCGUGCGUUACACGUGCAAUAACUUAGUUUUAGCGAACGGCUCCAGUGAUUUGCCGAACAAACUGAAUAUUUCCAAAUAUAAGACUGACCCCUAUUGGCUGCUGCAUGAUCUGCGAAGUCUCGAAAUUGAAUUGGAUCUACACCUACAAAAUAAUCCACAGCCAGAUCCGGUUCUCGUUGUUGGCGCAGGCCUCAGUGCUGCGGACGCCAUCAUUGCUACUAAGGCGAAGAACGUACCAGUGGUACAUUUAUUUAGAAACAAAACUGAUCUUACAAAACAAUUGCCUGAGAAUAUGUAUCCUGAAUAUCACAAGGUUCAUCAAAUGAUGAAAAAUGGUUCAAACUAUCCGCUCUACACUGCGCUGGCCGAAUACACAUUGACCAGUUUGGAUGAAUACAACCGUAAAGCGACGAUUACGUCAAAGGAUGGUAAAUCUCUGGAAAUCUCUGUUUCUUACGUAGUGGUGCUCAUCGGAUCUCGGCCAGAUCUUGGUUUUCUACCUGGAAACUUCAAUCUCGGUGUGAAAAGGCAGUUGCCGAUCGACGGCAAGAAGAACACAGCCAAUGUGGACAAGUUUACACAUCAGGUGCAAGGUCACGAGGGAUUGUAUGCCAUCGGACCGUUGGCAGGUGAUAAUUUUGUGCGCUUUUUGCCCGGUGGAGCGCUUGCUGUUUUAAGCGAUAUUGUUAAGCGGACAGCUACCAAGUGACAAGUGAACUAGUUCAAACUUGUUUUUAUUCAGGGUACUAAUAUUAAAAGGCUCUACAUUACGAGAAAUUAGUUUUUUGAUAUAUAUUAUGUAUUUACGUUUUCUUAUAAUAUGUGAUCAUUUAAAAUGACUUACUAGUCACCAUUUUAAGCACUUUUACUAAAUGCAUUUGAUCGUUUUGGUUGUGAAUGCACCGAUUUGAAGAUUUCAUGCAUAACGUACAACUUGAUUGGUACAUAGCUUUAUUCAAGAUGUUACAAAUUGUAAUUAAGAUUUUAAUUAAGUUUAAGAAGAAAAUGAUUAAAAGUGCAAUGAAGUUGUUUGUUGUAGUAUUAUAUAGAUCUAUUCCACAUAUUGUAUACACAUAAAGUAUUACUUCUUUCGUGUUAUCGGCAUCUUGGUAAAAGUAUGACAAUAGCAUUUUAAAAUACUUUUUAAUUUGUAUCUUACGUUAAUAUUCAUUGUGUUAUUAAUUGAUUGUUAGGACGAUACAGGAAGCAAUUUGCUACUAAGUCACUGAUCAGUUGUAUAUCAUGUUAGAAUUUUGAUAUGGAUAGGUGGAGAAUAUUUUUUGGUACAUAUUUACUUUUAUAUCUUAAAAUUGUUGACAUCGUUUCAUAAUAAAGCAAUUCUAUUUUUAAAUCAA